AUAUAAUCAAGAAUGCGUCACUGAACUACUCCGUGGUGAGAAUACUCAGAGUAAGAAAUUCGAUUUCCUCCGUGAGUGAUGACAUCGGCCAAGCACGAACCUUCCUCAAUCGGCAAUAUUUCAUGAUCCUCCACAACGCAUAGCAUAGUUUUGACAGCAUCGAAAGAGCACUGUUACACCGCCCGUAAAGGUAAACCUUGUGGUUGCUCUUGUUGUAAUAUUUUUAUGAAUGUUGUACUAUUUGGAAUUGGAGUUAGAAGUGAUAGCAUUGCUAUUAUGAUUGCGGUCUGUGCCUGACUUGGAAUGCACAAAUUAUUGAGUGCCAAGAUAGCUUCAAAUAGCCAGAAAGCUAGAGCGCCAGGAGGUAAAAAAGAACAUUUCGAGUUGCAGCACCCGACGACAAUUCUAUCUUAGAUUGUGAAGCUUGGAGUAGUAUCUCUUCUGAGACGUAAGUAACGUUUUUCUACCUUUUUAUCUUGAACGGCUUUCUGUAGUGACGCCACUAGUACGUUCUAAAAUUAGCACCUUGAUCGUUGAUGUUUUGCUUUCUUUCUUUUUAGGUGUAGUUGUAGUAGGACUAGAUCUAGGUUUAGACAGGAAAUAAAAA